UUAACACGUUAGAUUUCACGUAUAAAAUACCGACUUAGUAUUUAAAAUAACUUCUUGUUGAUCGCAAUACAAAUAAUAGGUAUUUUACAGUAACAUAGCUUGUGUUCUGUUGUCAUGGAUACCGUUGUUCUACAGAGAGCAGAUACAGUUUUUAUGACUGGAAUUUUAGGGACUUUUUGGUUUCUUAAUAUUUAAAGCAUAAUUGAAGUCAAUUGUACUUUUCUUUUCUCUUUUUUUUAUUUAUUAUUGGAUAAUAUGACCAAAGGAGGAAAGAGAUAUGCAAAUAUGGAUCAGGAUGGCAAAUGGUUUGCCCAUGUUGGUUGGCAGCAGUGUGAUGUAACACGAGAAGCCUGUACCACCACAGGAGCCAUGCUAUCAGAGGCCACACCACAACACAUGCAAGGACAAGAAAAAUACCCCAAAACUUUUAACAACCAAGAAAAGAAAACAAGGGGCAGGAGCUAUCCAUUUUCAGAGCAUGACAACCGAGCCGCAUUGCAAGACAAUAUAGCUACAUAUGGCCCUGCUUUUGGUCGUAAGAAGUGUCUGGAUGACCGCCGGCAGCAUGACUCUCACUUCUGCCUUUGUCAUGAUACCGGUGUGAGUGAUGCAUGGCUGGAGAGCAAAAAUCUUUCAUCUUAUCAGGCUGACUUCCUGGCCAGGCAGCACAAAGAGAUCACAGAAAGCACACAGCACAGACGCCGUUUUCCCAGGAAUCAUCUGGAGAAGUCACAUCAGGCUGCUAUGGCCCAGGCUGAGGAGAGCUACAUGUGGUUUGGGAGGGAUGAUAUAAAUCAGAGAGUACCUCUUAAUGUACUGGCAGCUGCUAACCUCUCCUCAGCCUUGUAACUGACAUAAACCAGGCACAGAAGAGCUCAUUAAAGCUUCCAUGUGUAUUAGUUCUUAGAGUUUUUUUUCUUUCUGUUAGUCAAUAUUACAUUUAUAAUAUUGCUUUAUGGUAGCAUAUACCUCUCUAAACAUAUUAUACCAUGCAUAUUUGCCUAUAAUUCCUUUGUUCCUGUUGAACUGCAAUAGCAAUGUCAUACCACAAGAGGGAAAUCAAGUAACACAAAUACACCUCCGUCACAAAUACCAAAUUAGAUGACUUACUACAGUUACAU